AUGGCGCAGAGUUUGGAGUCCAGGCCAACGGUCGUGGAUUUCCGCGAGGAUAGCCCGUGGGUGAAGCUGGCCAAGGCGCACUGGUUGGACACCAAGGUGCGCAAGGUCAAACCAGAUGUGAUCAAGAAGCAAUUGUGGGAUCCGCUGGAAGUUGAGGGCUUCACAAGUCGCUCGCUCUUGAUCUUGGAGAAUUUGAAUGUUCUGGAGAAAUAUCUCUGGCCGACAUACACCGAGGAUGCUUCCAAUCACCAUAUCCAUCUGAUCGCCCUGAUUGUCGGCGUCAAGUAUCGCGAGCACUUGCCGAUAUGGAACAUUUUCUCCGACCGCGGCGAUGAUUUCUCGAGCCUGUUCCACCGUAUCCUUUCGAUGAGCAUCGAUCCUUCAUUGGCGACCCAGUCGCGAAUGUCCAUCAUUUCAUUCAUCAUCGGUGCCUUCCAAUCGCUCGAGAACGUCCUGAUUCGCCAGCAAUGCGCCCCUCUUGUCUCUAUUUCCAUUUGGCACAACCUAGUCAGCGACGAAGCCAGAGAACGCGUCAUUGCAAAGUCACCGACUUUGAAGAAGGCAUGGAGGGCUGCCGGCAAGCGAUACGAUGCUGGAGAUGAACCCGCCAAGGCGAAAUUGCGCUUUGAACGGUCUUGGCUCUAUACGAUGCUGCUGGACUUCCUGCAGAAGUUGAAUGGCGCGGAGAAGGAUCAAAAGGAGAACUUGUUCUACUGCGAACGAUUCCUAGAGCUUAUGGUGGAUCUCUUGAGUCAACUCCCAACCCGUCGUUACGUCAACACACUUCUGAAGGACCUCAAUCUACUCCCCAUCAUUCGUCUUUCGCAAAUAUAUCGUUCGCCUGACAAUGCGCUCUUCCGGGACUUGUACAGCCUCCUCAAGCACUUCAUGGAUUUCGCCAUCGAUGACUAUUCUGGAGAGGCACUCUCGCCCCAGGCCGUCUACGAUUUGCACAACCAGGAGCUGGCCCGUUUACAAAGAACGGCCAUGAAGUCUUUCAAGGACAAGCUCAUGAUUCUUGCCCUGUCGAACCUAGGUUCAAUUGAGCAGCGCUCAGAGCUGGAGAGCCAGCUCUCGUCUUUGGACGAGUCGGAACUUCAAACACUAUGCUCCGAACUGGGAUUCCGCACAAAUUAUCCCAAGUCGUCAAAUGUCAAGCCAAACCGUCAAUUCUGGAUGGAAGUCCUUUUGACCUUCUACGAGCGCAGGCUCUCUUUCCAGGAUACUGCUGCCAAGUUGAACAUUGUUCCUACUGAAGACAGUCUCUACGACUCCGCUUUGAUGCGGAAUGAGACUUAUGAUGGCUCAAGACCUCUUGCAAUUCCCAAGCUCAACCUUCAGUACUUGAGUAUCGGCGACUUCUUGUGGCGUUCAUUUUUGCUUUAUCGAUCCGAGGCUUUCUUCCAGAUUCGCAAGGAUAUGGAGUCGCUUGUCAAGCGCAUGCAGCCUCGCGCGAACCGUGAUGGCAGUCUGACCUUCGACGGAUUCUCUCGCAUGGCGAUCCCUAUCACCAAGCCCGCCAUCAUCGAAGUUGCGCCGGCCAAGGUUGGUUCCCCCAACCCGGCUUUUAUUCGUGCCGAAAUUGCUAUUGAAGUCGGAAGACUUGCAGACCACAUCCGGAAGGAGUGGGACUCUCUUCGCCCUGAUGAUGUUGUUUACCUCUUGGCUGUUCAGUCAUCCGCGCCUGCACAGUUGGGUGGUAAUGAUCAGAAUGCAGAGGGCCCCCGCAUGACCUAUCUUCGCACCGCGGAGAUCGUUCAAGUUUUGGAUGAGCAAGGUCGCCCGCUGCGGCAGCAAGCUGCUGGUCAAGCGAAUGGCCAUGCUGGACGUCCGCGAGUCCGAAAACUAAUUGUCAACAUGGAUGCAUCCGCAUUCAAGGCGGAUAAGGACCGUCAAGCACAUGGCAAGCCAGACAUUUACCCCCUGAUUAAUGUCGUGGCUCGGAGAAAGGGCAGAGAGAACAACUUCAAGUCAAUUCUUCAAACGAUGCAGAAACUCAUUGUAUCAGAUAUGACUCUUCCGUCUUGGCUUCAGGAUAUUUUCCUUGGAUACGGAGACCCAUCAGGUGCUCAGUAUACUCAGUUGCCUAACAAACUCAAGUCUAUUGAUUUCCGGGAUACUAUACUGGACUGGUCUCACUUAGUAGAGAGCUUCCCCGGCAAGACCAUCGAGCCUUCAGGGUCGGAGUCUGCUAGCUUCGGGCCUCCUUACGUUCUGGAAUCAGUCGAGGGUGAACCUGCCGAGGCUUCCGCUGCUCCUGCGAAGAAGCGCAGGCGUGGCCAGGCCGAGGCACCAGAGCAAGCUUCCAGCACAAUGCGUGUUUCAACAUACAAGCCGCCCAACCCUGGCCCUUACCCUGUUGAUGCACCCAGGCUUAACACAGUUCGCUUUACUCCUUCCCAGGUUGAGGCAAUUGUGUCCGGUACCCAGCCUGGUUUAUCCGUCAUUGUGGGCCCUCCUGGUACGGGCAAGACUGACGUGGCGACACAAAUUAUUAACAACAUUUAUCACAACUUCCCCAAUGAGCGCACUUUGCUCAUUGCUCACAGCAAUCAAGCGCUCAAUCAACUCUUUCAGAAGAUUAUUGCUCUAGACAUCGAUCCACGUCAUUUGUUGCGCUUGGGUCACGGCGAGGAAGAAUUGGACACUGACUCCAACUACAGCAAGUAUGGUCGUGUUGAGUCCUUCCUUGAAAACCGUCACCACUAUCUAUCAGAAGUGAUGCGGUUGGCAGCAUCCAUCAGUGCGGAGGGAGCGCACGGUAAUUCUUGCGAGACAGCGGGUUACUUCAACACGGUGUAUGUGCAGCCGGCAUGGGCCAAGUUCUGGGACGAAGCGCAGGCGGAGGGAGCCUCCAAUGAGGAUAUCAUUGCAUCAUUCCCCUUCCACUCGUACUUUUCUAACGCUCCCCAGCCAUUGUUCGAUGCUGGCGCUUCAAAAGAGACUAUUCUGGACAUCGCUUCAGGCUGUGAGAGACACAUUGACCGAAUCUUCUCCGAGCUUGAAGAUAUCCGACCAUUCGAGAUCUUGCGUCAACCUCGAGACAAGGCCAAUUAUCUUCUUAUCAAGGAGGCCCGCGUGAUUGCAAUGACAUCCACACACGCGUCCAUGCGUCGUCAGGAAAUUGCGGACCUUGGCUUCCACUACGACAAUGUAGUCAUGGAAGAAGCCGCUCAAAUUACCGAGAUCGAGAGCUUCAUUCCCACCGCUCUUCAAACCAUGAAGAACGGCGAGCUCCCUCUUAAGCGUGUCGUCCUCUGUGGUGAUCACUUCCAAAACUCUCCCAUUAUCCAAAAUCACGCAUUCCGCCAGUACGCCCAUUUCGACCAAAGUCUGUUCCUUCGUCUGGCACGGCUGGGUGUUCCCGUGAUCACUCUAGACAAGCAAGGCCGAUCCCGUCCAAGCAUUGCCGAGCUCUUCCGCUGGCGGUAUCCGGCACUGGGAGAUCUCCCAUCCGUCGAGACCAACGAGGAGUUUAAACGCGCCAAUGCCGGCUUCAAUUUCGACUACCAGUUCAUCAACGUUCCCGACUAUCAGGGAACCGGCGAGCAGGAGCCAACACCUCAUUUCAUUCAGAAUCUGGGUGAGGCCGAAUACGCAGUGGCACUGUACCAGUAUAUGCGCCUGCUUGGCUACCCAGCUUCCAAGAUCACCAUUCUAGCCACAUAUGCCGGACAAACAGCCCUGAUUCGGGAUGUGUUGACCCAUCGCUGCGCGAAGAACAACCUGUUCGGAAUGCCCAAGAUCGUGACCACCGUCGACAGAUACCAAGGAGAGCAAAAUGACUACGUUAUCCUCUCUUUGACCCGCACCCGCACAGUCGGCUACCUUCGCGACGUCCGCCGCCUUACAGUCGCCCUGUCUCGUGCCCGACUUGGCUUGUACAUCCUCGGCCGCCGCGAAGUCUUCGAAUCUUGCUAUGAGCUCAAGCCCGCUUUCGACCUUCUGCUUCAGCGCCCGGAUAAGCUGACGCUUGCUCCUGGCGAGAUGUUCCCCGCCACCCGAGCGCUGGACGCUGACGUCGAAGGUACCCCCAUGGAAGGCGUUGAGCAUCUUGGUCAAUAUGUAUUUGAGAUGACUCAGGCUAAGGUUAAGGCUCUAGGUGAUGGUGAGAUGGUUGUUGAUGAUACGGGCCCUGUUGAUGAGGAUGGCUUGUUAGAUGAGGAUGAGGCUAUGCUGGGCGAUGAGGAUGAGGAUGAGGAUAUUGUAUAA